GGGGACCAGCAGAACGGCAUCCCAGCCUCAUCAGCCACCUUGCUCUGUCUGCUCUCUGCCACAGCCCUGCCCUGCUCCCUGGGACCCCCACUUCCCCUCAGGUGGCCUGAUCUGCCCAGCUUUCCCUGGCUUCUGGCCUCUGGUCAUCCUCUCUCCAAGGCCCCUCCCAGUCUUCCUCUAGAUCGCCUUCCUCCACCUCUCUCUCUGCAGAACUUCUCCUUUCCCCACCCCCCCCACACCCCCUUCCUUCUCGGACCUCCGUUUGGAGGGCUCAGCGCUGCCCAGGCCAUAGGAGAGAUGUGGGAGGCUCAGUUCCUGGGCUUGCUGUUUCUGCAGCCACUGUGGGUGGCUCCAGUGAAGCCUCCUCAGCCAGGGGCUGAGGUCUCGGAGGUAUGGGCCCAGGAGGGGGCUCCUGCCCAGCUCCCCUGCAGCCCCACAAUCCCCCUCCAGGAUCUCAGCCUUCUUCGAAGAGGAGGGGUCACUUGGCAGCAUCAACCAGACAGUGCGCCCGCUCCGGUCCCCGGCCAUCCCCCGGCCCCCGGCCCUCGCCCGGCGGCGCCCUCCUCUAGGAGGCCGGGGCCCCGCCGCUACACGGUGCUGAGCGUGGCUCCCGGAGGCCUGCGCAGCGGGAGGCUGCCCCUGCAGCCCCGGGUCCAGCUGGAGGAGCGCGGCCGGCAGCGCGGGGACUUCUCGCUGUGGCUGCGCCCAGCCCGGCGCGCUGACGCCGGCGAGUACCGCGCCGCGGUGCACCUCAGGGACCGCACCCUCUCCUGCCGCCUCCGUCUGCGCGUGGGCCAGGCCUCGAUGACUGCCAGCCCCGCAGGGUCUCUCAGGACCUCCGACUGGGUCAUUUUGAAUUGUUCCUUCAGCCGCCCUGACCGCCCAGCCUCUGUGCAAUGGUUCCGGGGCGGGGGCCAGGGCCGAGUCCCUGUCCAGGAGUCCCCCCAUCACCACUUAGCCGAAAGCUUCCUCUUCCUGCCCCAAGUCAGCCCUAUGGACUCUGGGCCCUGGGGCUGCACCCUCACCUACAGAGAUGGCUUCAAUGUCUCCAUCGUGUACAACCUCACUGUUCUGGGUCUGGAGCCCCCAACUCCCUUGAUAGUGUACGCUGGAGCAGGUUCCAGGGUGGAGCUGCCCUGCCGCCUGCCUCCUGGUGUGGGGACCCAGUCUUUCCUCACUGCCAAGUGGGCUCCUCCUGGAGGAGGCCCUGACCUCCUGGUGGCUGGAGACAAUGGCAACUUUACCCUUCUACUAGAGGAUGUGAGCCAGGCCCAGGCUGGGACCUACACCUGCUACAUCUGUCUGCAGGGAGAGCAGCUCAGUGCCACUGUCACACUCGCAGUCAUCACAGUGACUCCCAAAUCCUUUGGGUCACCUGGCUCCCUGGGGAAGCUGCUUUGUGAGGUGACUCCAGCAUCUGGACAAGAACGUUUUGUGUGGAGCCCCCUGGACGCACCAUCCCAGAGGAGUUUCCCAGGACCCUGGCUGGAGGCACAGGACGCCCAGCUCCUUUCCCAGCUCUGGCAAUGCCAGCUUUACCAAGGGGAGAGGCUUCUUGGAGUAGCAGUAUACUUCACAGAGCUGUCUAGCCCAGGUGCCCAACGCUCCGGGAGAGCCCCAGGCGCCCUCCACGCAGGCCACCUCCCGCUGCUUCUCAUCCUUGGUAUCCUCUCUCUGCUCCUUUUGGUGACUGGAGCCUUUGGCUUUCACCAUUGGAGAAGACAGGUGAGCCAGGGACGUGCCACCCCCCACCCCAGCAGCUCCUGCUCUUCCAUCCUGAGUGCUGAUGGCACCCCUUCCUCAGGAAGGCAACCAAAGGGGACCCUGAACAUGCCCUCAGGGCCCCCCUUCUUCAUAAGCCUCUCACUCCAGGGACGGUUUGUGCCUGGGGAGGCUUUAAGGGGGGUUGAGAGAUGGGGAGAGCAGGGUGGCUGAGAAAAAAUAGAUGUAUUCGGUGUCCUUCCUAAUCCUUUUCCCUUCAUCCUUCUCCUUCCACCCUCCAUCUCUCUCUCUGUGACUUCUCACAGUUGCGACCUAGAAGAUUUUCUGCCUUAGAGCAAGGGAUUCACCCUCCGCAGGCUCAGAGCAAGAUAGAGGAGCUGGAGCAAGAACCCGAGCCGGAGCCGGAGCCGGAGCCGGAGCCGGAGCGGGAGCCGGAGCCCGAGCCCGAGCCCGAGCCCGAGCAGCUCUGACCUGGAGCUGAGGCAGCCAGCGGAUCUCAGCAGCUCAGUCCAAAUAAACUCCCUGUUAGCAGCA